AACCAAACUCCUUUCAGUUGUUUUCACUCCACGUAACAGCCGCGUUGAAACACAGAGUGAGAGGGAAAUAAAGUGUGGCUUCGUUACCCCCGUCCCCCCGCCCCCAAAAUGGGCAUCCCUGGGCUGCUGCAGUUUAUCAAAGAUGCAGGAGAGCCCAUCAAUGUGAAGAAAUACAAAGGGCAGACGGUGGCCGUGGACACGUAUUGUUGGCUCCAUAGAGGAGCGUUUUCAUGUGCCGAGAAGCUUGCCAAAGGGGAACCCACUGAUCAGUACGUACUGUACUGUAUGAAAUAUGUGGACAUGCUGUUCUCCUUCAGCGUGAAACCAAUUCUAGUAUUCGAUGGACGGAAUCUACCUUCAAAACGAGAGGUGGAAAAGGCUCGCAGAGAGCGCCGAGAAGCUAACCUUCAAAAGGGCAGACAGCUGUUACGAGAAGGCAAGCUUUCCGAGGCCAGAGACUGCUUUACUCGCUGCGUCAACAUCACUCCAGCCAUGGCUCAUAACCUGAUCAAGGCUGCGAGGGCAAGAGGGGUGGACUGUGUGGUGGCCCCGUACGAAGCCGAUGCUCAGCUGGCCUACCUGACCAAAUCUGGUUUGGCCCAUGCGGUCAUCACGGAGGAUUCCGACCUGCUGGCCUUUGGCUGUAAAAAGGUGGCCUGUACGUACCGUAUGUGUAUAACUCCGCAUGCGUCAUAUUCCCAAACAACGCAGGUGAUCCUAAAAAUGGACAAACAGGGAAAUGGCCUGGAGAUAGACCAAAGCAACCUGGGCCGAUGUCGCGCCCUGGGGAACGUCUUCACGGAGGAGAAGUUUCGCUACAUGUGCAUCCUCUCCGGGUGCGACUACCUGGCGUCCCUGCACGGCAUCGGCCUGGGCAAGGCUUGCAAACUGCUGCGGCUGGCAAGAGACCCCGAUAUACUCAAGGUGAUCAAGAAGAUGAACCAGUACCUGAAGAUGAGCCUAGUGGUCCCGGAGGAGUACAUUGAGGGCUUUGUCAGAGCCAAUCACACCUUCCUGUACCAGCUGGUGUUUGAUCCCGUCAGCAGGAAGGUGGUCCCCCUCAACCCCUACCCAGACGACGUCAACCCAGCCGCCCUCAGCUACGCUGGACCUCCUUUAGGAGCCGACGCGGCCUUGCAAAUGGCCUUGGGAAACCUUGACGUGAACACACAGGAGAGGAUAGACGACUUCGACCCAGACAAACCUAAGGCACAGCCCGCAAGACAACGCAGUCACAGCUGGAAUGACAACCGGGUCGGCGCCCAGCUCAGCAUCUGGAGUAGAAGCACGAGGGCGACCGCAACCCCUGUCCCACCAGCCCAGCCUGCAACCUCCCCCGACAGGCCUCCCCCCACCAGGGGCAAGGAGAGACUCAUCAGCCUGGCUGGUGUCGGCAUGAAGAGACCCCGCCAGGACACCAGACUGUCAGACGAAGACGUCCUGGAGCAGUACUCGGACAGCGGGAAGCGAUGGAAGCCCGAGCGGCAUCCGCCAGACCGCUCCACGUCAACGCCCAUCGGUCAGUCCCGGCCACCACGGAACCGCUUCGCCACGGUCCUGCAGAUGAGGAACCAGGAUGCAGACGAGACGGGCCCGGCCAUGACCAGCAGAUUCUUCAGCGAUUCCAGUUCGGAAUCCACCCGGGCGGCUUUCAGCGAGACCGCCGAGCCGGCGGCGUCGAGCCCCGCGGACGACACCCCCGCCGAUGACGCCGACGGUCCAGACAUCCCAUCCGUGGAGACGCCCAGUCCGCCCCCGUCUCCAAACGCCGCCACCCCCGGCUCGGGCGGCAGCCAAGGUCUCAGGCUCUUUGACUGGUCGGGGGCUUCGCCACCAGCGGAUCGGUCACAGACGCCCGAGUCCGGCCUGAACGCCCUGCGGCGGUUCCAGUAUCGGAAGGACACGGUCUCCUCGUCCACAAGGAAGGAUGAGGUCUCUGCUCCUUCCCAGGAAAGUGGCUAUUUCAAUCAAUCCCAGCCGUGGUCUGCGGGCUUACACCAAGACGACGGCUUGAACGCACCUAAGAUGGAAUCCAAAGAGUCGGAGCAGAGUCCCACAAGCUCAAAGGAGACCAGACUAUGGAAGUCAAAGGUUGCAGGCCUGCCUAAGCCCACGUCGAACCGUGUGCUCACGGACACAAAUGCGCACGCCUUGGGCCCGGCCAGGGCGAGCGGACUGAGGAAAAGAUCCGGCGGAUUCGGGAAGAAACCUUCAAACAGCGAGAACAACCCCAACGUUCAGGCCACCAUCAGCAGUCUCUGGAAGAACUACAGCUUCAAAAAAGAUGCCCCGAAGAUGAUGUCCUGUGUGAAAGGAGAGCCCAUGUCUCCACUUGAAGGCAACCUGAUGGCCAGUUAAGCGUCCACACAGCGUGGAAAGAACACUUUGAAAACAUACCGUGUAUGUCCAUCAUAUUUCAUCAAUUUCACUCUCUGAUCGCAUACUUUUUUUUUUUCUUUUUUAAAUAAAGUUAUC